CGCCGCGGACGUCGUCACCAUCUUCAACCUGCUGAAGCCGGGCCGGGUCGCUGCCGGAGACUGGCCACCCGAAGGCUGUAAAGAGCUGCGGCUGGACCCGGACCGAGACCGGCCCUGCAGGGGCCAAGGCCGCCCCUCGCGCCCGCCGUCCACCGGCCCAGCCUUCAUGCCUGCCUCGCAGCCCGACUUCCUGCCGGGCCCGGGCGCCAAGCUGCGGGCAUCCUCCCUGGACCGGCUGCAGGCGCUGGCACCCUACGGCGUGGGGGGAGCUCGGGCCUGUGAGAUGCAGCGCACCCGCUUCCCCACCCACCCCGACAGCGAGCCGCCCUCGGACCCUGACUCGCCGCCCCGAGGACCCCAAGAGCCUUUCCCUCUGGCCGCCCGCCCGCAGAGGAGGGGCAUCUCCUCGGGAGGCUUUCCCGGCCCAGUGCCCCCUUCCCCUGGCCACCUACUCCUGCGCGGGGUGCCCUCGGUCACCCACAGCUUCGAGCUACCCUGCUGCGCCCCCAGCCCGGCCCCGGGGCCCAGCCGCACCAAGCACGAGAGCCUGGAUGACCUGCAGGCCUCCACCUACUUCGGACCCCCCGACGCCCGCGGCCCCCGCCAGCCCCCCAGGCACGCGGCCCGGCCGGCCAAGAGCUGGAGCCUCAACGCCGAGGAGACACCGGACCACAAGCGCCCUGCCUGCCGCAGGGGGGCCUCCCAGGAGGAGCCGCCGCGCUGCCCGGGCCCCAGUGCCCAGACCCCCAGCUACCUGGUUGCCCCCCUGCGGCCCGGGCCUCCCGAGGCCCCCCAGGAUGCCCAGGUGGCCUCCCGGCCUCAGAAGGCUUUCCGGGACCAGGGCACCGGCUGCCUGGGCGCGCAGCUCAGCUCCGACACCAGCAGUGUGGGCACGCAGACAGAGCCCCCGCCGCGGGGCGUGGAGCCAGGCCACCCCAGACCGCACGAUGGGCCCGGCCGCCGGCCCUCGGCUGACUCGGAAGACGCCAGCGAAGCCAUCAGUGACAUCUUCCGCUUCCUGGACGAGCUCAGCCUCAGCGGCUCCACCGGGCUGCCGCCGGCCUCCUGCCACGCCAGCCUCGGCUCCCUGGGCCCGCCGCUCGGCUCCAGCGGCUGGUGCUCCCCCGAGCGCCCGGCCUCGCCUCCCCAGGCCCCCGAGGAUGAGCUGCGGGCCAGCGUGGGCCAGCUGGUGCGCAGGGUCGGGGAGGUGGAGCGCCGGCUUGAGGCGCUGGCCGGCGUCCGCCGAGAAAUCUCACAGGUGCUGGGCCGGCUGCAGCAGCUGGACCACGUGGCGAGGCCGCCGCCCACCCUCAGCCCCCAGGCCGGCCGGCUGUCCUCCGACGUGGGCGCUCCCCGCUGCACGGCACACGUCGAACGCGGGGCCUCGUGCCACCCUGACACCGGGAGCCACUGCGGGCGGCCCCACACUCCCGCCCCCGGGAAGAGCCUGCCGGUCAGGUCAUGCCUGCACCCGCUGACCACCGAGCCCGGCCAGAGCAGCCCGCCCCGCGACUGGCGCACCAUCACAUGCCCCAGCCACGCCGCCCGAGAGUCCUGGGGCCCCGGCGACGGCAAGGAUUGGCACCACAGGGUGAAGGAGGCCGACAGGCAGUACGACACACCGCCCCGACACCUGCCGCCCCGUGAGGCCUUCCUGGUGGAGCAGGUGUUCAGCCCAAACGCCCGGCCCAGCUCCCUCACCGUGCAGCUGAGGGGCAGCCCCGCCUACACAGACAUGCGGCUCACAGAGUUGUCCCAGGUGCCACGGGGCCCGCCCUGCUGGAGCCCAGAAGAGCUCUCCCGCCACUCCGGGGACAAGAUGAAGCUGGCGGCCCUGGACCUGCAGACCCAGGACUCCCUGAACCCCAACAACGUGGAGUACUGGAUGGAGGACCUCUACACCCCGGGCUACGGCUCGCUGCUCAGGCACAAGGAGGCCAAGCCCCGGCCCCACAAGGCCUGCAAGAUGGCCGCACUGGUGGCCGCUGCCGCCUGCACCGUGGUCCUGGUCAUCGUGGUCCCCAUCUGCACCAUGAAGUCCUGAGCUGCUGGGGGCCUGGGGGCCAGGAAGGGGAUGGGGGCCCAGGGGGAGACAGAGGGGUCUGGCCAGGGAGUUGGCUGCAGACUGGUGGAGCCCUCAAUGUACAGCCCUUCCUCCAGAAGCUGGGGAGUCAGCGGUGUGUCCCUCUUGGGUGAGGCUCCUGGAACAAGGUGCAGAUGGAGGCAGGGUCCCGCCUCUGGGGACAGCAAGGGCCUGCCUGCCUGUCUCCACUGCCGCUGGGGCCACUGUCCUCACGCCAGCAGGCCCAUGUCACUGUCAGGACCUUCCCGAGGGCCCGCACGGAAACUUCCGAGACUCUCGCUGUGCCCCUCGCACCCCAGCCCAGGUCAGCGUCCCACUCCCCGACCCCCGAGACCCCAGCCAUCCGGACUAUGCCUUGACCAGGGAGGAGAGGUGAGCAAGCCCCGGCCUCCCAGCCCCCGUGGCUGCUAGGACAAGCCUCUGGAGAACAGCCACCGCCCAGCUCCUCCAAAGCCCAGGGCAGCUGCCUGCCGUCCGUCUGUCCACACGUCCAGCUCCGUGAUGUCUACUCCGUGAGGUGACUGGAGGCGGGGAGGCCCGGCCAGGGACGGGUGCCGUGGUCAGCGGCUUCUCUGCAUGGUCCCACCGUCCACUGCAGGCCGAGGACAAGUGCUGGCGGGCACCGGCCACUUCAGUCUCCGAGGAGCCCCCACAGGAGUGAGGACACGGGUGGCACGGUGAGGCCCGGUGAGGCCCGGGCCCCACCCCACUUCCUCACAGCAGCGGGAGCCCAGCAUCCAGCCCGAGACCCUCUCAACAGGGUCUGAACUUCACCUGCUGCCGCCGGGCUCUGGGUCCAGCACGAUGAUCUGGAAUGUUCCGUGCAUUUCACCGGGACGGAGGGAGGGAGGGUGCUGGUGGCU